AUGGAGGCAGUGCCGCGAAUGCCAAUGAUAUGGCUUGAUUUGAAGGAAGCAGGAGAGUUCCAGUUCAGUCCGUCUGUAAAACAGUUCAUUCUGAAAAACUAUGGAGAGGAUCCAGAUAACUACAAUGAGCAGUUAAAGAAACUGGAGCAAUUACGGCAGAGUGCUGUGAAUGUGACACGGGACUUUGAAGGCUGCAGUACGUUACGGAAAUACUUUGGUCAGCUGCACUACCUCCAGAGUCGCGUGCCCCUUGGGGCUGGCCAAGAAGCUGCUGUGCCUGUCUCCUGGACAGAGAUUUUCUCUGGAAAGACAGUUACUCAUGAUGACAUUAACUAUGAGCAAGCCUGCAUCCUCUACAAUCUGGGAGCGCUCCAUUCAAUGUUGGGAGCCAUGGACAACAGGGUGUCUGAAGAGGGUAUGAAGGUGUCUUGCACACAUUUUCAGUGCUCAGCUGGAGCCUUCUCCUACUUGAGGGAUCACUUCAGUCACAACUUCAGUGUGGACAUGAGCCAUCAGAUCCUCAAUCUUAACAUCAAUCUUAUGCUGGGCCAGGCUCAAGAGUGCCUCUUGGAAAAAUCCAUGUUGGACAACAGGAAAAGCUUCCUUGUUGCUCGUAUUAGCGCUCAGGUAGUGGACUAUUAUAAGGAGGCUUGCCGUGCCUUGGAGAACUCAGACACAGCCUCUAUGCUCGGAAAGAUCCAGAAAGACUGGAAGAAGCUGGUGCAAAUGAAGAUCUACUAUUUUGCUGCUAUUGCUCAUCUGGCUUACUUGCAGAGCUCCCUAGACAAACUCAAUGAGGCCAUAAAGUUGGCCAAGGGCCAGCCAGACAGUGUGCAAGAAGCCUUGAGGUUCACUUUGGAUGUAAUAGGGGGAAAAUUUAACUCUGCCAAGAAAGACAAUGACUUUAUUUACCAUGAAUCUGUUCCUUCUCUGGAUACCCUGCCUUCAGUUAAAGGUGCUCCGCUGGUAAAGGCACUGCCAGUGAAUCCAACUGACCCAAGUGUGACAGGCCCAGACAUCUUCUCCAAGCUUGUUCCCAUGGCUGCCCAUGAGGCGUCUUCACUUUACAGUGAAGAAAAAGCUAAGCUGCUACGAGAUGUCAUGGCUAAAAUUGACAGCAAGAAUGAGACAUUAGAGCAGUUCAUGGACUCUCUGAGCCUGGACCCUGAGACUGUGGAUAAUAUGGAUAUGUAUAAUAACAUUCCCACUGUGCUGAUGGAGAAAUGUGCUGCUCUGAGUGUCAGACCUGACACAGUUAAGAGCCUCAUUCAAUCAAUGCAGGCCUUGUCUGGUGUGUUCACGGAUGUGGAGGCAUCUCUAAAGGAGAUUCGGGACGUGCUGGAUGAGGAUGAGGCAGGAGAGCGAAGCCUAGAGGAGGGGGUGGGGAAACAAUAUGUGCCAGCCCGACCUCCCACCCUGGCUGAGCUGAGGAGAGAUCUAGAGAAGUACCUUGAGGCCCAUGAGAAAGCAAGCUUCACGAACACAGAACUCCACAGGGCCAUGAACUUGCACAUCAGCAACCUGAAACUGCUUGGAGGACCACUCGACAGCCUGAGAGAGGCACUGCCCAAGCCUCAGCUCACUGAGGAUGAAGUGGCUGGUCUUCAGUGUAUGAAGAGGAUUCUGGGUAAAGUGCAGGAAAUGCGGGACCAGCGGAGCUCUCUUGAGAAACAGCUGAGGGACCUCAUCCAGCAGGACGAUAUCACAGCUGCUCUGGUCACAACAGAGCGAGCUGACAUGAAGAGGCUAUUUGAGGAGCAGCUGAAGAAGUAUGAACAAGUUAAGGUGUAUAUUGAUCAAAACCUUGCGGCCCAGGAGAACAUUUUGAAGGCACUGACCGAGGCUAAUGUGCAGUAUGCCACUGUGCGCAAGACUCUUGCAGAAACGGAGCAAAAGUGGAAUAGCACAGUGCAGAUGCUGGUUGCAUCAUAUGAGGCCUAUGAAGACCUGAUGAAGAAAUCUCAGGAAGGAAAAGAGUUUUACCAGGACCUGGAGGGCAAGGCGUCUCGUCUCUUAGAAAGAGCCAAGACUGUCUGUAAAUCCAGGGAAGAGGAGAGAAAAGCCAUACUGGAAAAGGAGCUCCAAAAAAAGGCUCCUCCCAGGCCGACAGCCCCAAAACCCCCUCAAAAGAAGCCAUCAGAUGUGGAUCCCUCUGAUUUUGAAGACCCUGAGCUUGCCCAGCUGAGUGCUGCUAUCCUGGCCUUGGGAGGAGAACUGCCAGAGGAGCUCCGCAGUCUGCCUCCUGACUUCAGCCUCCCCUCCAGAGGUCGUCCUCUGGCCCCAGAAACCUUCCUCCCAGGAGUGAACACCAGCUCCUCUAUGCGCUGGCCAGGAGCAUCAUCCUCACCAUACGCAGCACCUCAGUUUCCUCCAAACCUACCCCCUCCUGAACUCUUGGCACGAAUUCCCCGUUUCCCAACCCCUCUUCCCACACAAAGCCCCCUUAAUGUACCCCCAGCUCCUCUACCACAGCAGCCACAGCUUCCACAGGCAUCCCAGCAACCAUCUGUGUCUGGGUACGGCCCUCCAUCCUCUAUCCAGUCCCAUCCAGGGCCAACUGGGAUUCUAGGAGUACCUGGGGCACCUCCAGCACCUGCUCCCAUUCGACCCUCCACCACCACUGUGGAUAGCGUGCAGACACCCAUCCCUAGCUACACUCCAGCUCCAGGACAACCAGCCUUGCAUACACCCACUCCACAUCACACUAUACCACCUGCAGCAUCUGGAGUCUAUACGGUGCCUCCACAAGUGGGUCCCUAUCCCCAGUACGUACAAGCUCCUGGUGUGCCCAUGAACCAGCCACCUCAGAGAGUGCAGGCACCUCAACCACAGAGCCAGAUUCAACAGCAGUUCCCCCGGCCCCACAGUACUGGCCAACCACAGCCCCCUUAUCCAGCAGUUCCUGCUCAGCAACAGAUUCCAAGACCUCUCACUGGACCACAGUCUCAUCCACAGACUCAACCACAGUAUCAACACUACAUGGCCCAGCCGAGACAGCCUGGGCCACCUAACUUCCAGCAACCUGCAUUCCCAAGGCAGGUUCCUCCUCAUAUCCAGCCAGCUCUCCAGCCAAAUCAGGGGUACCCCCCCUCACUAGUCCCUGACUCCCGUUCUGCACAUCCUCAAGUAAAUGCAGUGUCCCAGAAUCAGGUUGUAGCCCACAGCCCACACCCACAAAUGCCCCCUUCCACUCAGUCCAUGCCUCCUGUGUCCAUGCCACAUUUAGCCCAUGUAAAACCACAAAUACCUCCUGUUUCCCAGCCUUACAUGCCCCCUGUCAACCAGCAAAUGCAGCCAGCUUCCUAUCCACAAAUGCCUCCAUCUUCUCAGCACUUACCUCCUGUACCCCAUGCACAGAUGCCGCCAACUUCACAACAAAUGACCCCACCUUCUCAUCCACAAAUUGGUCCUCCUUCCGCACAGAUGUCUCCACCCUCUCGUCCACAAAUGCCUCCAGCUUCCCAACCAUUACCAUACCCCUCUCAUCCACAAAUGCCCCCUGCCUCUCAGACCCUUCAUCCUUCUGCUUUCCCUGCACAUCAGCCCAGAGGUCCUCUUCCAGCUCAGCCUCAAUUACCUCCAGGCUCUGUGCCCUCCCAGCUGUCUGUCCACCCUAAUACCCUGCCACCACAGCAUCACCCACACCCCCAAGCGCCUCUACAGACUCACAUGCAGAUGCCCCCACAUAUGACACAGCAUCCUAUCCGUAUGCCACAGCAGCCUCUUUCCCCUCAUUCUGCCUCUAUGGGCUAUCCAGGUGGUGCUCCCAUAAUGCCCCAUCAGUCGCCGAUGGCGCCUCAGCCGAUGGCUCCUCAGCCGAUGGCUCCUCAGCCGAUGGCUCCCCAGCAACCCCCUUCUGGUUCCACAUCCUAUACUGCCCCACCUGGUGGGAUCAUUCCAUCUGGACCUCUGCAGCACCCCUCUCCAGUGGGACCGUCUGGUCCCCAGUCUCUGCCUCAGGGCAUGAUCCCAACCUCAGCGGGAGCCCCAGUGGCCCCACAGCCAAAUGUAAUGCCCUCACCUGCCCCUUCACCUGCUCCUUCCCCAGGCCCCCCAUCCUUGGGUCUGGUCCCACAGAGACCCUCUCCUGCUAUCACUCCUGUUGUAGGAACUCCACACCCCCAGUCUCCAUCAACUGUCCCAUCUUCUACUGCUCCCUUGCCUACAAUGGACUCUCUAUUCCAACGUCAGAACUCUAGUACUGAUGACCUGCUCUCCUCUAGUCCUGAGAGUCAGCAUGGUGGCACAAAGGAUACUGCUAAUGUCUUAUUACCUACCAAGGCUGAUCCUCAGGAUGGUGAACGCCGAAAGAAGGCAGAGGGUGUGCGUCUUAUCCAGGGAGAUCCCUACCAGGCACCCGAGAGGGUUUCCCGUCUCUAUGCAGAUCUGGAACGGUUCCGAUUGAUAGUUGAAUCUUUGGAGCAUCCAACAGGGGAGGGUAGUCAGUCUGAGUUAGAUGCACGUUGGAAGGAGCUACAGGACCAACAGGAGAAGGACGCUCGGCAGCUUUCCAUUGCCAUAGCACGCUGCUACACCAUGAAGAAUCGGCACCAAGAUGUCAUGCCCUAUGAUUUCAAUCGUGUGGUCCUACAGUCGGGCAAGGACGACUACAUCAACGGCAGCUUCAUUGAGGAUCUGUCACCAUACUGUCCCCGCCUCAUUGCUACACAGGCUCCUCUCACUGGCACAGCCGCUGAUUUCUGGCUUAUGGUCUACGAGCAGAAGGUUUCACUGAUUGUUAUGCUAGUGUCUGAUCAGGAGCUGGAAAAGCAAAAAGUGGUACGUUACUUCCCAACUGAACGAGGUCAGCAGCUCGCCCAGGGGCCAAUCACCCUCACUCUGACCACUCAGAAGACCACCCCAACUCAUGUGGAGCGCAUGAUUGGGCUGCAAUACCGUGACCAGAGUCUCAGACGCACUGUCAUCCACCUACAGUUCACCUCCUGGCCUGAGCUAGGUCUCCCUGAAAGUAAAAGCAGCCUUAUUCACUUUAUUCAGGAAGUUCAUGGACAUUAUCUACAUCAGCGCCCAUUACAUACACCUGUUGUGGUCCACUGCAGCUCUGGUGUAGGACGUACAGGCGCCUUCUGCCUGCUGUAUGCUGCCCUGCAAGAGCUGGAGGCUGGAAAUGGUAUACCUGAGCUGACCACACUAGUGAGGAAGAUGAGGCAGCAAAGGAAGAACAUGCUACAAGAAAAGCUCCACCUAAAGUUCUGCUAUGAGGCUGUCUUGAAACAUGCAGAACAGGUGCUACAGCGCCAUGGCAUCACCAUUGCCCCCUGCAGCAAGACAACAAACAGCACAGCAGUCAAACCUUACUCUCGGCAGGAGUCCCAGGACAUUGUUCUGGGAGGGGACAUGCCUAUAAGUUCCAUCCAGGCCACCAUAGCUAAGCUCAGCAUACGUGCCCCGAGUGUUGAGUCAGAGCAAGAUCCAAACCAGGACCAGAUCCCCCCAGCCCCAGCUGUGCUGCAGCCCAGUGAAGAGUUGGAGCCUGCUGCCGUACAAACGCCUCCACAUGAGCUCCCUCACACUGAGCCACUGCCAGCUUCUCUCAGUCCUCCUCUCUCCAACACUUCUUCACCUGACAAAACACACUCUCCAUCGCCACCCAGUGGUCAAGGAAAUGGAUUUGAUGUGCCAACACCUACGUCAUCCGCCUCUGAUCACCAACCUGGAUCAGGUUCAGCUCCUCCCACCACCACCUCUCCUCGUUCAUCGUCUCUGGAUCUUUUGGCAUCCCUGACUCCUGAGGCUUUCACGCUUGACAACACCUGCCGCGGGAAGCAGCGUAUCAGCAAGCAGAGCUUCCUCCAGCCUCAGGAGGGUCAGGGCCUGCAAGGCCCACCUCAAAGUGAUGACCCGCUCAGCAGCUUAGACCCUCUCUGGACUCUCAAUAAGACAUGACACUGCACAUUAAAUGAGCUCCUCUAUGCUCCUACUGCUCUUGCUUCUAUUCCAUCGUGUGUCUCGCCAGGGAAAUACCCUCUCUUCUUGGCUGCUCCAAAGCCCUUCCUUCUUGGCCCCUGAUGGUGGCCCGUGCCUGAGGGACCACAUCACUGUGCGUCUGUCUGUCCAUUUACGGUUUUAGUCUGUUUACACUGCUCUUGUUCAGCACUGCCCCUUCCAAUUCCAGCCUUUAUUCUUUAUCUUCAGUCUGGUCCUUUAUUCAGAAUGCAUGCACUUCUAUUCUGAUGGUGUGUCUUACAACAUUUACCCUUCCUGGCCAGGUAUGUUCAUUUCUGCUCAAAAAUGCUUACGUUACUUGAAACAGAGAGGUGAGGAAAAAGAAAGGAAAAGAAAAAAAAAAGAAAACGUGCAGUUUGUCUCACCACAAAAUGGUAGUAAUUUAGAGGGGCACUUGAUGCUCUGAGCUCCUACCUGGUCUUAUUAUAUUUUGCUGCUUGCAGUGCAACUUGUCUGUUAUGAAGAUAAGUGUCUACACGUGUAUUACAAGCUAUCAAGACCUGCAGUUUUAUGUAUCUAGGGCCAAAUCAUAGAAGGUAAUUAAUUGAGGAGCUGAGCUGAAAUACAUUGUAUUCACUUUGAUAUUGCUUUUACACUUGCGUUUCAGAAUCUGCAGUUCUAAAAUCGCAGAGCAUUCUAACAGAGUUGAUUCUUUCUUGCCUUUCUUUUAACAUUGUAAAUAUAUCUAUCUUAAUUAAAAUCAACAUCUUGAAGA